CUCAUCUUUCAUCUCGCCCUCAUCGUUCUCUACUGAUCCACAAACAAAAUCCACACAUCCCCCCACCUUGCAUGCAGAGCCAAAGACGUUGAGAGGACAUUGGAUGAUGCGCCUCCAUGUUCUCGGAAUCGGCUCUGUCGGCACCCUCUUAGCCCAUCACCUCCGCCUCGCGAAUCCCAACACCCCCAUCUCCCUCGUCUUCCGCAAUGCCGCCGCCUUCUCCAAGAAGCGCUUUCGCAAAGACGGCGUCAACCGGCCUACACUCAAGGUCACGCGCACCGAGGGCGACACGCUCAUGACCGACGGUUUCGAUGUCGACGUCGCAAUGUCCGGAAAGCUUCCCGCACUGGUGGAGGCGGCCGAGCAAGACGGAAUGGACUUUGUGAAUGCCGGCGGGCCGAUCGACUCGCUCAUAGUGUGCACCAAAACGCAAGCGACGGCUGAGGCCAUCGAAGGCCUGCAUUCGCGCCUGAGCUCGUCAUCAGUCAUCACCCUCCUCCAGAACGGCAUGGGCGUGUACGACGAGCUCUGCGCCAAGUUUUGGCCCGACCCCGUCACACGACCAAACUUUGUGUUGGGCACGACGACGCACGGCAUCGCUCCUGCUGGCGAGACCGGCAGUGUGUUGCACAUGUCGCCACCAGGACAGGGCGCGAUCAAGUGGGGCGUGGUGCCAGACCCGCGAAAGCAGAUUGACUUUGAGACUUGGCUGUGGGGCCGACCAGUCGGUGACUUGCCAACAUUGACGCCUCCCGAAUCCCCCUCCCUUCCCCUACGCACACCACCAGAUGGCCCCGGUACAGAGAAUCUGCACGCAACGCUCGAAGCAUUGCUGUCCAUCACGCCGCUCUCGCCAACGCUCCUCCCCAUGCCAACGCUGUACAACGAGCUGCUGAUCAAGCUAGCCUUGAACGCCGCGAUCAACCCAUUGACAGCAGUCCUUGGCGGCGGAUAUCUCCAGAACGGCUCACUGAGCCGCUCCGCACCAGGCCACCGCCUAGUGCAGCAGGUGACGAAGGAGUCGUCGCAGGUGCUCACGGCGUACAUGCACAACCUGUUCGCGCCGCACCCCGCACCGGCAGACACAGUGCGCCUGUUCUCGUAUGAGAGCCUGCUACACCGCGUGCAGUCGGUGAUCACGGCCACGAAGGGCAACACCUCAAGCAUGGCCAACGACGUGAAGAAUGGCCGCAUGACCGAGAUCGACUAUAUCAACGGGCACCUCGCGAGCCUGGGCCACCGGUUGGGUGUGCAGACGCCUGUAAACCGCAUGCUGGUGCAGAUGGUCAAGUUCAAGGCCGAGGUCGGCGGCCUCGGGGGCACGGUGUACCCGCGCGUGCGGCAGACUGUGCGCGAGGCCGAAGAAGAGGCGCUGGAGGCGCGCCGCUUGUCGCUGGAGGAACGCAAGGUGUCGCUGCAAGAGCGGGCGAUGCUGCUGAAAGAAGAGCGGACGGCCGAGGCCAAGCGGGCGAAACGCGAGUGGAAGCGGACGGUGCGGCGGAAUGCGGCGGUCGCGCGCAAUUUGAGGGCGGCAGAGGUCGAGGCUGCCAUCAGGGGGGGAGCCGAUCCGACAGAGGUGCUCCGUGCGACGGAGGCUGAGGCGUCCGAGGCGUCCGGGAGCGGUAAUAGCGAGUGGACGUCUGCGAGCAGUGACGAGGGAGAGGGGUCGUCCAGGCGCAGGUGAUCAGGUGAGCAGGUGAGCGCAGGUCAUGUCAUGUUGGAUGUACUCCCAACUGGCCAACUGGCCGCCACCAGGAUGAGUUCCUGAUGCCGGCCUGCACACCCCUUGGCCGCGCACCUGGCUGGCUGGCUGCUGGCUGGGUCCCACCCAUCGGGCCAUGGGCCAUCGAGGCGACCCCUGGUGUACUUUGUCGUGCGCGUUCCGCAUGCUGGGUCCGCUCGCUGGCGCGCUGGCGGACAGCAAUAUAGCAGGACGUUCUGAUGGUCAACCCACUCGGAGACACCCGCCAUGAAGAACGGAGGAUCAAGCGCAUAGGCACAUUGGGUGCGCAAUGUACAGAGGCGAGACACAUCUCAAGGUCUACUCGCUAGCAUAAUAGCAUUUUUCCCACUACUACUAUUAGCAUCAUCUCUCAUGUAUAACGUUUCAAAAGAGUCAC